UAAAAAAAAAAAAAAAAAAUAUUUUUUUUAUGAAUCCAAUCUGUGCAGUUCUCUAACAAAUUAAAAUGGCGGAUACUAUAACAAAGAUGUCAAUUAACAACAAUAACGGAAUGAAUGUCGCGCAAGUGCUCGAAAAAGAUUGUAUUCGCGCACCUUCUGCCCAGGAUAUCGAGCGCGGCGAGAGUCGUUUCGGAGCAGCAGGAGUCCCACCGUCGUCUGGGGGCCAGUCGCGGCCGCCGACGUCGACGUCGACGUCGGCGCCGCGGGAGCCUUCCAACGUCGGCAGAUGUGACGCUGCGACGAGGGCAACGUCCGGAGUGGGGCGCGACGUAAAUCACUCAGGUAGCCAGGACGCCGAGCAGAGAGGUGCACGUGCCGGCGUGGGCAACGGACCAGCGGAUCGGAGUUCGGGGAGAGACUCCGGAGCGAGCGGGAGCAGCCGCUGGAAGGCGGUCGGUCGGUUUCUGGGACGCCUGAUUCUCGUCAUGCUGUUGCUGGCGAUCGUCGCCGGCACUCUGGGCCUGGUCACCGUCUACAUGGGUCCGAUCUAUCUCGUGCAGUUGCUUCUGGUGGUCUCCGUCGCCUACUUCGUCGCCGGUGGCCGUCUAAGAUGGUUCUACGUCGCCCUCAGGACGUUGCCCCGUGACGCCAAAGGACUUAUAGCUUAUAUUACAAUGUUGUUUUCGAUACGUGAUCAUGAAAAAAAAGACAGAAGUGUCGCUGAUAUAUUUAGGCAAUGGGUCAAUCGUAAUCCAAAUAAAGUCUGCUUUAUAUUUGAAGAUCAGGAAUGGACUUACCAACAGAUAGAAGACUUUAGUAACAAAAUCGCGACGAUAUUCAAAACGCAUGGUUAUAAAAAAGGAGAUGCGGUUGCUUUACUCUUAGAGAAUCGCCCAGAAUUUGUUGGAAUUUGGCUAGGUUUAAGCAAACUUGGUGUUAUAACGCCUUUAAUUAACACCAACCUCCGUAAAAGCAGCCUACUGCACAGUAUCAAUAUUGCAAAAUGUCAGGCGCUUAUAUAUGGCGCGGAAUUCUUUAAUGCUGUGACAGAUAUCGCCUCCUCUUUGGAUGCUAAAUUAGCGUUAUACAGAUUCGGCAGUCAUCCGAAUGCGAUGUCGAUCGGAUUAAAAGAGAAAGAUUUGAAUGCCAUUCUGGUGGACACUCCAGCAACACCACCGGUGGUUCAAGAGAAAGGCGGUCACAACGACAGAUUGUUAUAUAUAUACACUAGUGGAACUACAGGUCUUCCAAAAGCAGCUAUAAUAACUAGCUCAAGAUAUAUCUUUAUCGCGGCUGCUGUACAUUAUGUGGGUUUCCUACGCAAAUCGGAUAGAUUAUAUACACCUUUACCCUUGUAUCAUACAGCUGGUGGAGUAAUGGCUAUAGGACAAGCUUUGUUAUUUGGACACACAACAGUAAUUAGAAAGAAAUUCUCAGCCAGCGCAUACUUUAGUGACUGUCUUAAAUACAAAUGUACCGUUGGUCAAUACAUAGGCGAAAUGUGUCGAUAUGUCCUGGCAGUAUCACCCAAAAAGGAGGACCAGGAGCAUAGUGUUAGAAUGAUUUUCGGCAAUGGGCUCAGGCCACAAAUUUGGGAAGAAUUCGUAAAACGGUUCAAUAUUCCAAAAGUGCUCGAAUUUUAUGGCGCUACCGAAGGCAAUAGUAAUAUUAUGAACGUUGAUAAUAAAACUGGAGCAGUAGGUUUCAUUUCGAGAAUUAUUCCUUCAAUAUAUCCUAUAUCUAUUAUUAAAGUAGAUGAAGAUGGCGAACCUAUUCGUAAUGCUAAAGGGCUGUGUCAGGUUUGUGAACCAAAUGAACCUGGUGUCUUUAUUGGAAAAAUUUUACCAAACAAUCCAACCAGGGCAUUUUUAGGAUACGUAGAUGAAAAAGCAUCUGAGAAAAAAGUGGUUCGCGAUAUUUUCACGAAAGGAGAUUCUGCCUUCCUAUCAGGUGACAUCCUUGUGGCCGAUGAAUUGGGAUAUUUAUAUUUCAAAGACAGAACGGGUGAUACGUUUAGAUGGAAAGGAGAAAAUGUGUCCACUUCUGAAGUUGAAGCAAUAAUCAGCAAUCUCAUCAACUAUCGAGAUUGCAUAGUAUACGGCGUUGAGGUUCGAGGUGUUGAAGGUAAAGCAGGAAUGGCUGCAAUUUACGAUGAAAAUGGAACAUUGGAUGUAAAUAAAUUAAUUGUCGACGUUAAGGAACAGUUACCUGCUUAUGCUAGACCACAAUUUGUCAGAAUUCUGACGAAAAUUGAUCUCACAGGAACCUUUAAGUUGAAGAAAAAAGAUCUCCAAGAAGAAGGGUACAAUGCGGAAAAAAUACAAGACAAGCUAUAUUAUUUAGAUCCGAAGAAUGGUUAUCAGUUAUUAACACGAGAUAUUUAUGAUCAAAUUCAACAAGGCACGAUGAAAUUCUAAGUACGUCAGCCGGAAGACUGUAAACCAAGGAUCAUGUUUAGAUAUAAUCACAUUAAGAUAGCACAAUAAUCAUAUUUAGAUUAUUUUAUGUCAUACACACAAAAUUAUUGUUAUGCGCGAAUCUCAGAAACUCUUGAUUUUCUUCAGAUAGUAAAAUAAUUGCGAUAUUUCAACUACUUGAAAUAUUAAGCAGUGCAGUAGUUUAUCAAUAUAUUGAUACUCCUAUUGUUGAUUGUGUUCACACUGACGAGUUUUUAUGUUUUGAUCGCAUAGAUUAUAAUAUCAACUUCAACAAGUGCAUAUAAAACAAAUAAUAAGUAAUAGUUAAAAUCUGGAUGCAAUUAAACGGUGAAAAUUAUUAUAUCUUUCGUAAAAAUAUGUGAGCAGCAUAUAUUUUUAAAUUUAAUCUUAAUGUGCGUUUGUAUUUAUAUCAAAGCUUUUUCCUUCUUUUUUAUAUGAUUUUAAAUCAUUUGCACAAAAUAUUUUUAAUUUGAAAAUAUUCCUUAACUUGAAUUACGCUUCGUAACGUCUUUCAAAUUUCAUUAUGCUUCAGAUAUUUUUAUGUAGAUAUUUCAAAUUUUUAUAAAUUAUGGUAAUAUUUUCUUUUAUAAAACACACAACAUUCUAUUUUGCGAUUAUAUAAUUACUUAGUUAUAUCCAGAUUAUAACAGUUUUAUAUUCAUGUGUUUUACAUUAAUAUAUUUGUAUUGUUUCAUAAAAAAACAUUUGUAAAUGUGUAUAAUAAAUUCUUAUUAUACAA